UCUUUUAAGAUGUUUCCUAAAUGUGGUAGACCGGCUGGUAAUAAUAGUGUGAGCGUUAAAAAUUCAUAACUUCCUUUCUUACGAAUUAUCAUCUCCAAGCCAGGAUAUGAAAACACAAAUUAUCCAUAAUUAUUUUUAAUAUGAUGGACGUCCGAGGGAUGAUCUUGAUACUGGCGCUGUGUCGGAACGCUGAGGCGGGAUUGCUGGAGGAAGCUCUAAGCACGGUGCACAAAACUAUCUUUUCCGACCAACGUGUGAUCAACCCCUUUGCCAGUCUGCAGGGCUUCAAGAGCAACAGCGUGAACAUUGGGAACGGAUCAAAUGAUGAUCCUACAUCAAUGCAUUUUAAAAACCAGGACUUCAGCAUUGUCCUAGGAAAAGCUGGUCUAGAAGCCAUCGAUUCUAUUCUAGAUCGAGUGUUUAACUUUACUAGAAAGCUAAAUAGCCAGAACUUACCUUUUAUUAUAGGGAAUAGCACUGCUGCUGGUAAUCUUGAUGAUGCAAGAUAUGCUACCGAAGCCGACGAGUCUUCCUUACGGCAGACAGUAUUACCGCAGGAGUCAAGGGAAGAUAACUUCCAGAAUUUUGAUGACAAUUUUCAGCUGAAUCGCAAUUUUGACGUUUCUUCGAAAUCUUUCGAUUCCUUGAAAACGCUGAAAAGAAGACGACCGAUCCUAACUGCUCGUGAUGCCCCAAAUUACUAUGAUCCUUCCGAUGGUGCGCUUAAAGUGGAUAAAAACUUCCUGGACUUACAUCUAAAUGAAAACAGGAUCAGGACUGGAAAUGGCUUAGAAUUUACAUCCGUGUCUGAUGAACAACGAAACUUAGAAAGCCAUAAAACGAAGGCUAUCAGCAUGUCUUCUUUUAACGACGGACGGCUUAACGAACAAAACCGAUUCGAAAAUACCAAGGACCCAAGUAAUUUCCCAGCUAGCCAAAUUUUCGCGAACGCACAAACAACGCAUAUCGAACCUUACCCCAGCCUUACUUCAAACACAACAGACUUUAACGUUCCUCCCACCACAACAAACAACCCAUAUACUCACAUCUCUCCGGACCCCAGCGCUAAGAAGAUAAUUACAGAAGCGAGAGACGUGGUGACGACGAGCGAUGACGAGCAGAUCAGGCUGCUGGGGCUGCAGCUUCCUGGCGUGGGGAAUUUUGUGAUGCAACGGCCGCCUGAUCCACCAGAUCUUCCAGUCCGACAACAAUUGACUUCGACCCCGUUCUUCUCCACCAGCAGCGGAGCCAGGAAUGAAGGACCGAGCGUAGGCGACCUCUUAGGAGUUGUUGAGCCCGCAGGUUUCCCGGCAGACGAGGCGAACUCUCGAUAUCCCGUCAUCCUGAGUGAACCCGCGCAAACCACGCUUCAACUGAUAACUCAAGAGGACCAGUUCUCUUCGAAAUAUAAUAAGAAUGAUAGAAGUAUUGGGACUAGUCCAUGGCCCAUUCUGGGGAGAGAAGCUUAUCAGGACAAUAGGCAACAUCUUGGAAAAACCAUUCACGAUUCGAUAGAAGAUUUUGAGAAAAACCGUUGGCGCCACCCAGCAAAUCAACCGCCCAAGGAAAACAGAGAACAUGGGCUUUUCACUUCAGUCGUUCCUAAGCAGAACGUCGAACACCAAAUAACUGUCAAAAACAGUGGAGAAAUAAAAAAUUUGUUAUCAAAUAAUCUCACAACAGUUUCCAUUAAUUCUCCGAACUUGGAAAAUAUUGUCAUUUAUACAAAUAAUCCGACUGUGAGCGUUGCAGAUCAAACCAAAAGACCAUCACAAACCGAACAUGAGUCAGCGAGUAUCAACGAAAGUCAGGCGAACGCCGAUCAUUACCUCAGUCCACAAGUAUUGAGUUCUGCCAAUCCUGACUUUCCUCUAUAUCCUCCUCUUGGUAAUUCUAGUGUAGAAGUGACACUUGCAUCUCAGCUCCCAAUACAAGAGUCGGAUAACGCCAUUCGAGAUGAAGCACACACAGAGUCAGAAACACCACAAUCAAUUCCAGGCUUUGAGUCAACGACUUCAGAUGCUAACAUAACAAGCAACGAAAACUCUGAUUUGUGGGCAAUUACUGGAGUUAAGGCAGAAAAUUCUACUCCAAGUUCAACAGUUACUGCUUUUCAUACAGCUCCUCCAGUGCUGUUCACAGCGGUGAAUAGUUUGUACCAUAUUAAAGGAUCAACCUCAGCUGGGUUACCACCCGGCAGUCAUCAGUCAUAUUCGCAAAUUCCUGUGAGCAGUUCAAUUCCAACUAGCGAAUCAGAAAUCAAUGAUUUUCUCUCCAUGGUAACCGCAGCUGGAGGAAUCUCUUCAUUAUUUCGUAAUUUCAACUCAUUCUUGACGUCUCCUAGUGCGACGUACGGAUCAUCACUAAACCACUUCAGACCAGCGCAGUUUUCGUCUGAUCAGAGGGAUGCCCAGAGCCAAUCAUUACAGAACCUCGCGCUGCAAAGUCAGAGGUUCGACCCCGCGAUUCGACGUAAGAAUCUGCACGACUAUCUGACCAGAGUAUUUAGAUCACAACAAUUAGUCUACGAUGAUUUCGAUCAAUUGCUUGUUAACCUUCUGUUGCAGGAACCAACUCAUCGUCCUAAAAAACAACAUGAUGUCAACGGGAGGUUAUCACCAGCCCAACAGUCUUUACUAUUGUCCUUGAUAGGUGCCAACGCUGGACGAAAUUUACAAUUUGGAGACCGGCUUAUGCCUUCCCAAUCGAGCGCCCUUGAAACAAAUAUUCAAUAUUACAAUGCAUUUGACUCAGCCUCGCCGCAACAGCGUCGAGUUUACCUUCAACCAUUGCAGAGAAACAGCGACUUGGAUACUGCACGUGAAGGCACCAGUCCCACUAGUGGACAUCCGCUGCUUGGAUAAUGUCCAUGCAAACGGACAUCGGAAGAAGGACGUCUGGAUCCCAGAAUCAGAAUAUCAUUAAAAUCAACGUUACCACUUGAAUUUCAAGGACUUACUUAAAGGAACAUUGUACCACUGGUUAACAUUGCACAAACAUAUACGGUUAUCCAUUUUUAAAUAUUUUUGGUAAGAAAUUAUAUUGAUAUUCAUAGAUAUUCAUUAAGAAAUGAACACUUGUCAGUAAAUUAUUGACUUUCAAAUUUGGCACUAACAUUAAAGUCAUUUUUUAAUCUGUUGCGGACAAUUUAUAAUCAGAUGAGCAGCACUGAUGCCUAUUUUUAAGUUGUUGUUUACAUGUAUAAAACAUAGUUAAAUAUAUACACAAAAUUCAGGUGAAUAAAAACUGUAAUGUUGAACUUGACAUUCAACGUGAAUAGAAGGACACGAACCUUGCCCCAUGAUUGAGGAAGAUGUCUGAACUGUAGUGAAAAGUUCUCAGUUUGUCAUCGAAUAUUAUAUAUUAGCAUCGGUAUUAAUUUCUCCAAUGAUAUUUAUCGGCAUUAGCAAACUACUCAAAACUUUGUUCGGAAUUCUGUGUUCUCAUCGUUAGCUUAAUUGAGGCGUAUUGCAACCAUAGCUCUAAUAAUCGAAAUGAAAUUCCGUUUUAAUUUCUCUGAUCUUUUUUUAAUUUUCAAUUGUAGCAUGUUGCAAUCGAUCAACAGUGAUCGGUUUAUCUUUACCGAUUUAUACAGCG